AUGAAAUUUGGCCGAACACUCAGGAAAUUGGUCAAUGCCAGUUGGAAGGAUCAGUAUGUAGACUACGCCAAACUAAAGAGCUUACUCAAAGAAGAUGUCGAAGAACAUACAAAAUGGACAGAGGAUGAUGAAAAUAAAUUUUGCGAUGAGAUCUUCAAUGUCCAGCUUGAGAAAGUAGCUUCAUUCCAGGAGAGAACGUUCAGAGAACUCGAAAGCCGAACAAAUAAAGCCGCCACAGAGCUUCAAGAACUUGCCCCUGAAGAUGACCUCGCGAAGAAGCAAGAAUGCAAAGCACGCUUUAGAGAAAUUGAAACAGAGCUCGAUGAUAUCAUCACUGAAACUAAAGAAUUAAAAAGAUAUAGCGAACUGAACUAUACAGCAUUUCUUAAAAUAGUGAAGAAGCAUGAUCGAAAGCGCGGCAACAAUUACAAAAUUCGUCCUAUGCUUUUAAUGAGCCUUAGCAAGAGACCAUUUAAUAAUGAGCUAGAAUAUAGUCCAUUGCUGACCAAACUGAGCAUUAUAUAUUAUGCCCUUCGGCAGCACUUAGACGAAGAUGUUGGUGAGGUGGAUGGCACGAAAAUAGACGAUCAGAGCCAGCUACUCAAUGGAGAGCGUUAUACGGCAUAUAAAUUCUGGAUCCACCCAGAAAACUUAUUAGAAGUCAAGACGUAUAUUCUACGACGGCUUCCAGUACUUGUCUACAGUCCCAUAGCCUCAAAUAAUCCCGAGGCAGUCCAAAGUGAUCCAACAAUCUGCUCUCUUUACUUUGAUAGCCCUAAUUUUCUACUGUACGAUAAAAAAACCAACCGAAAAGAGACUAGCAGCUCUCUACGUAUUCGCUGGUUUGGACAGCUUAGUACAAAGUCAGAAUUAUUCCUUGAACUUAAAACAAUACACGAGAAUGGCCAAAGUGAAGAAAAACGCUUUCCAAUCAAAGAAAAGUAUAUUCAACCAUUUAUAAACGGGGAAUACAAGAUGGAAAAGAGUAUUGCUAAAAUGAGAAAUUUGGAGCAACCAGAGACCAAAAUUGAACAUUUCAAACAGACCUUCUCCGAUAUCCAGAAAUUCAUCUUAGAAAAUGACCUCCAACCAGUACUAAGAGCCCAGUAUAUGCGGACGGCCUUUCAAAAACCUCUAGACGAUAGGGUACGAAUCUCAAUCGAUACGAAUCUAGCUUUCAUUCGAGAGGAUUGCAUUGACCUUGGAAGACCAUGCAGAAACCCUGAAAAUUGGCACAGGCUGGACGUUGAUAAUAUGCAUAUGACAUAUCCUUUUUCUAAUCUUAACCAAGGAGAGAUAAAUAGGUUCCCAUAUGCAGUAUUGGAAAUCAAGGUCAAGGAUGAGAAUGGAAAAAAGUUCCCUCAAUGGGUCGAGGACUUGAUGGCCUCUCAUUUAUUAUACAAAACACUUCGUUUUUCUAAGUUCGUGCAUGGUGUUGCAGUUUUAUUUGAAGAUAAUGUUAACAAUUUACCAUUCUGGCUACCGAAUAUAGAGGUGGAUAUUCGAAAAGAUCCACAUGAUGCUUUUGAGGAAGAAGUGCAGCGUAAAACCAAAGAGGCUGAAAACGAACAGGUUGUAGGGUCUCUACUUUGUACUUCCAAGAAAGCUUUAAGAUUCAAAGCUAGUGCUGGCUCUCAAUCAAAAUCAUACUUACAGGACCGUAUGAUAGCUGAGGAGCAAUCAGCUCCUCAAAACUCGGGCUCUAGCAACAGUAAUUCUCCAAAGAAAGACCUGGAUAAGAUUCAGGGCGGCUAUGGAACAAUGGCCUCUCUUUUUCCUGUCCUCUCUACCUCUCGCUAUGCGCAAGGACGUCGGAAUGUUAUUUUGCCACCGGGAGUUACCAAACCUGAAGCUCUAAUCAAGGACUCGGGACCAGUUCAGGUCGAGCCAAAGGUCUGGCUCGCUAACGAGCGUACUUUUGUCAAAUGGAUGCAAAUAACUAUUCAACUUGCUGUUUUAGGCAUAGGACUUAAUGCUGCUGGAAGCGGAGUAAGGUCCGAAGACAAAAAAUUAAUCACAUGGUUUAGUGCAUUUUACUUGGCUAUCGCUGGGUUUACUGGCUGGUGGGGCCUUUACAUUCAAAAAGUACGCCGUGAGAUGAUCAUAGCUAGGAGUGGGAGGGAUUUUGAUAACUGGAUCGGGCCUGUGAUUGUAGGAUGUGCAUUCUUGCUGGCCCUGAUCUUAAAUUUUUGGUUCAAGUUUCGAGCGGUAAAGGAUCGUUAUAAAAUGAAUUCUGUGGUUAUGCCUGCUACAGAGCUAGUCUAA